ACGGAGCUCCAGCAGCAGCAGGAGGAACAAUAACCUGAGAGGAGCGAAGAGGAGUCACUGCAGUCCGUCUGUCCGUCGGUCCUCCUCUCCGGGUUCAUUUCUGUCUGAAGGCACCGAGCAGCUCCGCGGAGGAGGCAGGGAGGGAGACGGGCAGAGGGAAGAUGUCCUCCCCGCAGGUCUCCUCGUCCCGCAGACAGUCAUGUUAUCUGUGCGACCUGCCCCGCAUGCCCUGGGCCAUGAUCUGGGACUUUACCGAGCCUGUGUGCCGGGGCUGCGUCAACUACGAGGGCGCGGACCGGAUCGAGUUCGUCAUCGAGACAGCCCGCCACCUGAAGCGGGCUCACGGCUUCCAGGAGGGCAGAUCCCCGGCCGGCGGACCGCCUCCUCCACCGCAGCAGCAGCCCGCCGUGGCGAAGAGCCAGGCGGUGUUACUGACCGGGAAAGACCCGGUGGGGCAGAUGAACCAUCACCACCACCAGGCGGACGGACCGGGGAAGUCUCAGCAGCCCGGGUUGGACCGGUACUCACUCGGUGCAGAUAGCCGGGCUCGGUUCGACUACAGCGGGCACAGCAGCAACAGCAGGCUGCCCAACGGACUCGGGGGACCCAACGGGUUCAAACCGGACGACGGACCGCCCGAGCUGAACCGACAGAGCCCGAACUCGAGGAGCAGGAGUCAUGGCGGGCUGGUGUCGGCACCGGGACAGAUGAACGUACCGCCGAACCUGCUGCCUCAGACGCUGCUGAACGGACCCGCCCCGCACGGCAUGGUGAGCAGAGCCGCCCCGCAGAGCUCCAUGGUCGGUGUGUCUCUUCCAGGACAGGUGGGGCUGUCUGAACCGGGAGGGAAGCGUCCCGCCUCGGUGUCCAGCACCGACCAGGAGCGGGAGCUGAAGGAGAAGCAGCGGAACGUGGAGGCUCUGGCCGAGCUGAGCGACAGCCUCCGGAACCGGCAGGAGGAGUGGGCCAGCAAGCCGAAGACUGUGAGGGAGACACUCAUCACUCUGUCCGGCUGCACCCCGUUUGACGUCCGCUUCAAGAAAGACCACGGGCUGGUCGGCAGGGUGUUCGCCUUUGACGCCGUGUCCAAACCCGGGAUGGAGUACGAGCUGAAGAUCUUCAUCGAGUACCCGAGCGGCUCCGGGAACGUGUUCUCCAGCGCCUCGGGGGUCGCAAAGCAGAUGUACCAGGACUGCAUGAAGGACUUCGGCAGAGGGCUGUCCUCCGGGUUUAAGUACCUGGAGUAUGAGAAGAAGCACGGCUCCGGGGACUGGCGUCUGCUCGGGGAUUUAUUACCGGAGUCCCUGCGGUUUUUUAAGGAGGGUGUGGGGGGAGACAUGCUGCCGCAGCCCUUCAUCGACGGCAGCUACCCGCUGCUGCCCACCUCCCUGGUGCUCCCCGGCCGGGCUCUGGCUUCAGGCAGCGGGGGCAGCAGCUCCAGGGCCGGCGUGAGGAAGAGGAAAGCCUCCCCGGAGCCGGACUCUGCGGAGGGCGGCCUGAAGCUGACGGAGGAGCAGCAGAGGCAGCAGUGGAUCAACAGUCAGACCGAAGCCCUCAAACUCUCCAUGGCUGCGGGCUCCUUCGCCGGGCCGCCACCUCCGCUCGGCCCGGGACACCCCGGCCUCUCCUCCGGCCGCGCCACGCCCCCCGAGUCCGCCGCUCCCCCGCAGAACGGGCAGUCCCCCAUGGCCGCGCUCAUGUCGGUGGCGGACACGCUGGGGAACGCGCACUCUCCCAACAAGGACAGAGACUCGGUUCACUCCACCACCUCCUCCUCCAGACACAACAGCAGCAGCCCGCUGUCCCCCGCCUCCGUGUCCGGACAGAGGCGCCUCUCGUCCCGCAACGGGGACCUAGGAAUGUCCGCGACGUCGCAGUCCGCAGGUGGCAUGGACCAGGUGCACGCGCAGAACGUGCCCGACUCCCCUAUGGCCAACAGCGGGCCCCUGUGCUGCACCAUCUGCCACGAACGGUUAGAGGACACGCACUUUGUGCAGUGUCCCUCCGUCCCCAACCACAAGUUCUGCUUCCCCUGCUCCAGAGAGAGCAUCAAGGCCCAGGGAGCCUCCGGGGAGGUGUACUGCCCCAGCGGGGAGAAGUGCCCCCUGGUCGGCUCCAACGUGCCCUGGGCUUUCAUGCAGGGGGAGAUAGCCACCAUCCUGGCCGGAGAUGUGAAGGUAAAGAAGGAGAGAGACCCCUGAGAAGGAGGAGGAGGGUGAUGAUGAUGAAGACACUCUUAAAACUCUUCCUCUCUGCUUUCACUACAGAAAACAUUAAUGUGAAACAGUCAGUCUGCUGCUGAGCCUCAAAACCUCUCAACACUUUGUCAGUGGAGAGAAUCGAUCAGAGUGUGCAGAUCAGUGAUAUUGAUCAGUGUUGAUUAAACUACAGAAACAGGAGAACACAAUCCUCAGAAAGACUUUAAAGUUUAACAUGAAGCAGAAAUAUUGACGAGCUAAGGAUCAUAAAUGGGUGAAAUAACCUCAUCCCUUAAUGCUUCAAUAUAUAAUCUACUGUGACACAGUUUAAAUGAGUCUUUUCUCAUUAAUGAAAGUUUGCUGUAAUAUCAAAAGUUAACGAUGUCUCUCAGUGACGCUUUAUCAGAUUUAUCAUCACUUUUGGAUAUUUGGUGAAGAAUGUGUUGAUCUUUGACAAAUUGCAGCUCCAUUAAUGAUUAAAUCAAAACCAGCAGCUCGUCUACUUGUAAAUAAAACCAAAUUUAGGUGAAUUAAAUAGAUACUUCACUAAUAAGUGAAAGAAAAGAGCCCCAUUAACCAGCGAGUCUCCUUUAAAGAGGCUCCAGGCUAAAAAGGGCAGAUUAGAGGAGUUAACACAAACUGAAAAAUGUACAUGAACAUCAGAAACACUGGAUCUGUGAGAAGAUCCACUUUAUAAAAUCAUAUUCGUCAUGAGACAAGUGUUUAAUGUUUGAUCUAAAUUAUUCAACAUGCUUUUCAUAAAAUCUGUUAGAAAUAGUUUACUCAUGUCGACAGGAAGUUUAGUGAACAUUCAAAAUAAAACCUGGAGAUGAAUGUUGAAGAUAAAAAAUGUGAAAUUAGGAGGAGAAACAUUUCUAAAAUGACCAACCUCAUUUGAGAGUGAGUGAAUAUGUCAAUGCACUGUGUUCGAAGAACCUCCUCCUGCUUCAUUCAGACCUCACCAGUUUAUAAAUAAAUUAUGAUUUCUAUAACUAACUUCUAUGUUUGUGCACAAGCCAAAAUCUCAAGGCACACCUGUAUUUAUAUUUGUGCACAACAGCUUCUAUAACGAGUGUAAUCACUCUUAUCACGACAUACAACAAUAAAAAUAAGAAAACACAUGACAGGUAGCUUCAUGACACUGUCUACUGACAGUUGUUUGUCUCUUUCAGUGUUAUGUCGUCUUCGCAGGUGCUUUGUUGUAGUUUGUUCCGUACAAUGAAGCGAUCCGUCGUCCCACUCACUGCUUUCUCAUUUUAAAUGUUAUCAACCUUCACACUGGCUGCUGAUCAGACAAUUCCCACACGAUUCUAUUAAAUUACAGUUUUUAGGCAGUGUUUGCCUUUUUAUUAGGAAAUGGGUGCCACAACAUACUGAUACAAUCAAUUAAAAAUUAAUUCAUAACUUUUUGGAUAGGCCCAGUUGAAUAUUGCAAUAAUAAUGUGUGGUUAUCACAGAAUCCCACGACGCACCAUUUGAGAACCACUGAUCCAGAGUAAAGACAGACUGGUCACCUCUCCUGAACCUCUGUGUUUCUGCCGUACGUUAGUCAUAACUGAUGAUUGCGUUUGUCUGUAAUAAUGAGAGGACAGGAUUAUAGAGUCUGAACACCUGAACUUUUAAAAUUGUGUACACUUAAAUUUAGCUGUUCUUUGAGCAGCUGACCGUAAACCAGUCACAGCUGAACUUAAACAGUGACGUGUAAAACGAGGCAAACAUCUCACACCAUCAGUAACACUCUGACAAAGACACACUAAAGCAGCUGUUUUUAAAGGUUCAUGUUUGUUUAUCACAUGCACGAGGACACAUUUUUAAAAUACUUUUGCAAAUUAACUGUAUUAAAAAAAUGUUUAAUGACAAAGAAAAUGAACUGGACUGGACGCACAGUGCGAAGAUCAAACUUUAUUUACACAGAUGAAGUGUUUAGUGCAGCAGCUGCAGCACACAGGAGGAAAGAGGACAAAUAGAUUAUCAAUAAGGUGCUAAAACUAAAUUAAACCCAACAGCAGAGAAACACUGAUUUUAUAAACAUGACUUUUGUUCCACAGGAAGCUUUAAGUGAUGUAGACAGACUGCAGCUCCCACCGAGGUCACUGAGCAACAUAUAAAUAUAACAUCCAGAAAGUAAAACAGAGCAUUACACAGAUCCGAAGAUUCAUUCAGAUUAAAAUGUAAUAAAGUGAUUUAAUAUUUAUCCAGUUGGAUUAUUUCCUGACAGCACAUUUAAACAUGGAGGGAGAUGAAAUGUGUUAAAGCCUGUUGUUUAAUGACUUUAUGCAGGGGCAGGCAACCUGUGUCUCUCUAGACCUUCUUCAUUGGCUCCCUUGGGCUUUGACAUAAAUUAAAACGAAAUGAAUAAUGUUAUUUUUUAACAUUCAGACUUUUCAUUUGUCAUUUUUGAGGGCCUAAAGUGAAUAUUGCAUUCAACUGUAAAAAUCCGCAGCCUAUACAUCAAAUUAAAAAAUGUUUUGACGUUACAUCUACGACCUGGAGCCUUUUCCUCCAAAUGCUGCUGAACUUCAGUAGCAGAGUCCCUCUAGUGAGGCGAGCUGUUACCUUUAUUUAAAUAUGUGUUCGGCUCCAGAAUUUUUGUCUUUUUUUGGCCAAUAAUGGCUCUUUUAAUGGUAAAGGUUGUCGACUUCUGUCUUAAAGGAACAGUGUGUAAAAUGUAGGGGGAUUUAGUGGCAUCUAGUGGUGAGGACUGCAUGUUGCAACCAGCUGAAACUUCUGGUAAGAAUUCCUUCAUUGUUCACCAGGUUUUUACCAGGAGCUGAAUUAUCUACAGAGGUCUCUUCCUCUCCAAAACAAUCAGACCUUGUGAAUAAAACUGGUUAAAACACUGAAUAAAGCAGUUUCAAGUUAAAAAUCAAUGUUUCCCUGACGCUGUUUAGCAUGUGGGAGACGAGCCAUUAGCCCAGCACCUGCUAAUCUGUGCUCCUCUUUCUUCUCUGAUAACUUAAGAGCCAGAUGUUCAGAAGGUUUUCACUGGGAGCUGAAUUAUCCCCAGAGGUCUCCAGACAGACUCGGUGAUUUAAACUGGUAAAAACACUGAAUAAAGCAGUUUAACAUUACAAAAAUCAGUGUUUUUCCAAUGCUGCUGGUCGUGGAGGGGCUGUUAACUACAGUGGGGACGUGAAAAUGUUAAUGUCCCUAUCUAGAGCCAGUGUUUGGUUUAUCCUUAGUUCUGAGCCACUGUCGAAAGAUGGCGGUGCAACAAAGCAAUCUUCAUAAACGAGGACUUGCUCCCUAUUUAGAUUUAAACGGCUCAUUCUAAGAUAAAGAAAAUUCUUAUUUUCAGGUGAUUAUACACUAAUGAAAACAUACUUAUUGGAUUUAAUUUCUGCCAAUAUACCCCCCUGAAUCCUACACACUAGACCUUUAAACAAGGAAACUGAAUCAGAAUCAGGUCAACACAAUCUGCUCACACACAAACAACUUCAGCUCAUAAUGACUGAAGAAAUUAUAUUAAUCAAUUAUUUUUUUAUUCGUCAUAUGGAAAUUAUUCAAGAUAUAACUUGGGUAAAUGUGAUCCCUUCAUCUCUUUGUCGUCUUACAUUGUUGGCUGAUGCAUUAUGCUCAUCCAUUUUUAUUUAUUUAUUUAAGUUUUUUAUUUAUUUAACCAGGAGGCCCCAUUGAGAUCGAAAAUGUCUUUAACAAGAGAGACCUGGCCGAGGCAGCAGCCAUAAAAACACAUUUAAAACGCAACAAAUACAACAUAUAACACAAGAAUCCGCAAUAAAACAACAGCUAUUCAAACUUAGUGGCCUCUUAAGAAAAACGAGCACGUCAUUGUCACCACAUUCUUUAUGAUGCCCUUAAAUUCAGUGAUGGAUAUAAGCGUGUCUAAUUGUAGAUCUUUUUGUUUCCGAAUGUUUCUGGUAAUCCAUGGUUUCUGGUUGUGGAACAGUUGAACUGUCUCCGCAUCCCGACCUCAACAAAGUGUUUUAGAAAAUCAGACUGUAAAAUUCACCCAAAAAACAUCUGAAGAGUUUAUUUCUAAGUCAAUGGAUUUAUUAGUCGAUUAAUUGACUCUUUAGACAAAAAAAGACAUUUAAAGACGUGGCUCUAAUCGAGCUUUUGUCUCUACUUCCUGACUUAAUACAAACUAAAUGAUUCACUGAGAAAAUAACCAGCAGAUAAAUUGUUAAUCAUCAUUAAUUGCAGCUUGACUUCAGUUAUUAAUAAGAAAACACAAUAAUUUGUAGAGAAAUGACCAGAAAAUGAAAUCGAAUCAAAUUAAUAAAGGUGAUGAUGAUGCGGCAAAGUUGACUUUUCCGUUCUGCGGACAGAUUUUAUUCCACAUCAAAGCAGAUUAUCAAGUAUUCAGAAGAAAAGACUCAUUUAAAUUCAGUGAUAUAUCAUUUUAAUUGAGCUGAUAAAGAAAGUUUACCAGUUUGUUCUGAUCAAUUAAAGGAUUCAAAUUCAGAUUCAGCACUGAUUCUUCACAUGGUUGAAUCAGAAAACAUUUCAGGAGGCAAUGAAAUAAAAUCAGACAGUAAAAGCAAAACAAAAAUAAAUGACCCAAAUGAAUAUAUAGAAAAAUAAAGUUGUCGCUGUGUUUCGUGGCUCCACUGACGGAGUGAGAGAAGUUUUUCGGACUCAGCAGCCACAGUAAAAACUGGACACAGGAAGUGAAACGUAUAAAUAUUCUCCAUGUGGAUGUUUCAGAAUAAAGAGUCGGAGUGUUUGUGUCGUGGUGGAGGUGACGGAGGUGUGAACAGUGAUGUUGUGUUUUAACAGGCAGACAGGUACAGAGAGUGAGACAACUCUCGCUCUUCAUCAUCAUCAUCACACCGUCACUUCAUCAAAUCGUGUCUGUAAGAAACAGUUUUUUAUUUUUUUAUACAAGUAUUUAUUUGAUUUUUUGAGAAUCUUUUUUGACUUUUUAACUUCAAUUUUUGUGACUUUUUUUAAUUUAAAAGUUUUCAUAUUUAAAUUUUCUUACUGCAAUAAUUUUUUUGUGUUUUUCUUUUUUACAUGUAAGAUUUAAUUCAGUGGCAGCGACAAGAUAAACAGUCUUUCUGUUUUUAUUCUUUAGUAUUUUCUGUAGUGACAGAUGAAACUGAUGAAACACAUUUGAUCUUGUAACGUGCCUUGGAGCUCAGUCAGUUGUAAUAAAUUCCAUUGGUAUGAACCUUUUCAGUGACGUCUGACUUUUCUUUUGUCUGAC